GCCGUCUUCUCAUCGUCGGUGUGUGGUGGCGAGUUUGGUGCGUCCUCACACGUGGGGUGCUCUACAAUUUGUGGUCUCUGCUGAUCAGCCAUUCAGAAGAAUAGCUACUUUUGGACUUGGAAGUUAUGGCAGUAGUGAGGUUCUACAGUAAGGAGGCUGAGAGGGGGUGGGUCUUACAGACUGCUGCUCAGCUUCACCCCCAGCUGUCAAUCACCAGUGAGCUCUGCUACAAUGUCGAGCUGACAGGUGCUGAGUCUCUGAGUGUAGAGCAGAGGGAGGUGCUGCUGUGGCUGUUCCGCCCCACUCUGCAGACAGAACAGCUGUCUGACACACCAUACCUGACAGAGGGAGAGGGAGGAACACUAGUGGAGAUCGGACCUAGGUUGAACUUUUCAACAGCAUGGUCCACUAACGCUGUGUCCAUCUGUCAAAGUGCUGGACUGACCAACGUCACCAGAGUGGAGCUGUCCAGAAGACUGCUGAUACAACCCAAGGAUGGACAGAGUGAGACAGUGUUGGAUGGAGAGGUGGAGAGACUGGUCAGCAGUCUCUAUGACAGUAUGACUGAGUGUGUUUACACACAUCCCAUCUCCUCCUUCACUGUGGCAACCAAACCACAGGAAGUGUUUGAGGUAGACAUCCUGGAGAAAGGACGAGCUGCCCUGGAGACAGCUAACGAUGAGCUGGGUCUGGCCUUUGACUCGUGGGAUCUGGACUACUACACGUCGUUGUUCCAGAAAGUGAAGAGGAACCCUACCAGUGUGGAGUGUUUUGACCUCGCCCAGUCCAACAGUGAGCACAGUCGUCAUUGGUUCUUCCGGGGACGUAUGGUGAUUGACGGACAUGAGCAGAAGGACACACUGUUCAGCCUCAUCAUGGACACCCAGCGUCAUAGCAACCAGAACAACGUAAUCCAGUUCUGUGACAACAGCAGUGGUAUAAAGGGGAUGGAGGUGGAGUGUGUGUACCCCAGAGACCCAUGCCAGGCCAGUUCCUACGAGUUGAGACGCUCUGAAAGACAUGUCAUCUUCACUGCUGAGACACACAACUUCCCUACUGGUGUAGCUCCGUUCAGUGGUGCCACCACGGGGACAGGAGGGCGUAUCAGAGAUGUGCAGAGUGCUGGGCAGGGCGGGCACGUCGUCGCUGGCACCGCCGGAUACUGCUUUGGCAACCUCCACAUACCUGGUUACAGCCUGCCAUGGGAGUGUAAGGGGGAGGGGUGGGAGUACCCCCCCAGCUUUGCCCCUCCCCUGCAGGUGGUCAUCGGAGCCAGUGAUGGAGCGUCGGACUACGGCAACAAGUUUGGAGAACCAGUCCUGGCAGGCUUUGCUCGGUCCUUCGGCAUGCGACUGGCCAGUGGGGAGAGGAGAGAGUGGAUCAAGCCAAUCAUGUUCAGCGGUGGGCUGGGCUCCAUCGAAGAUGCACAUGUGAAGAAGGAGCAGGCGGAGAAAGGAAUGGAGGUGGUGAAGAUCGGGGGUCCGGUAUACAGGAUCGGAGUGGGAGGAGGGGCUGCCUCCUCUAUCCAGGUGCAGGGUGAUAACUCCAGUGCCAGAGACCUUGGGGCGGUGCAGAGAGGAGAUGCUGAGAUGGAACAGAAGAUGAACCGGGCACUCAGGGCCUGUCUGGAGAGAGCAGGAGGAAACCCCAUCUGUAGUAUACAUGACCAGGGGGCAGGGGGAAAUGGUAACGUGUUGAAGGAGCUGUGUGAGCCGGCGGGAGCUGUGAUCUACUGCAGCAGGUUUAAGAGAGGAGACCCCACCCUCAGUGUGUUGGAGCUAUGGGGGGCGGAGUACCAGGAGAGCAACGCCAUGCUCAUCCGCCAAUCAGAUCGCUCCUUCCUGGAGAGGGUGUGUCAGAGGGAGAAGUGCCCCGUUGACUUUGUAGGAAACAUCACUGGAGAUGGAAAGAUAGUGCUUGUGGAUGAUGUGGGUGGUGGUAAAGGAGAGGACCAGACAGACAGAGGGCGCUGUCCUGUAGAUCUCCAUCUGGACUGGGUGCUGGGGAAGAUGCCCCAGAAGGACUUUUUCAUGGAGAGGAUGACAACUGACCUCAAGCCUCUGUCUCUUCCCACUGGGCUGGGUGUAAGAGACGCCCUGGACAGAGUCCUGCGCCUGCCCGCCGUCGCCUCCAAACGCUACCUAACUAACAAGGUGGACCGGUCUGUUACGGGUCUGGUUGCCCAGCAACAGUGCGUCGGUCCUCUCCACACCCCAUUGGCUGAUGUCGCUGUCGUCUCUCUGUCUCCUUUCGGCCUGAAGGGGGCGGCGACCGCAAUCGGGGAACAACCGAUCAAAGGUCUCGUUUCACCGGGGGCGGGAGCUCGCAUGGCCGUGGGGGAAGCGCUGACCAAUCUGGUGUUUGCUGAAGUCACAGCCCUGAAGGAUGUCAAGUGCAGUGGUAACUGGAUGUGGGCGGCAAAGCUCCCUGGUGAAGGGGCAUGUCUCUGGGAGGCGUGUCAGGCCAUGUGUGAUGUCAUGGGUCAGCUGGGCGUGGCCAUUGACGGAGGGAAGGACUCGCUGAGCAUGGCUGCUAGAGUUGGGACAGAGACUGUCAAAGCACCAGGUGCUCUGGUCAUCUCUGUGUAUGCUGUGUGUCCUGACAUCACGGCUACUGUUACCCCUGACCUGGAGAACCCUGACGGCCAAGGUGUGUUGCUGUGGGUUCCAGUGAGUCCAGGUCACUACAGACUGGGAGGGUCAGCUCUGGCCCAGUGUUACGGUCAGUUAGGUGACCAUUCACCUGACCUCGACCACCCGGAGCUACUGACUGCCUGCUUCAAUACCACACAGAUCCUGCUACAUGACCGCCUGCUGAGUGCAGGACAUGACAUCAGCGACGGAGGGCUCAUUUCCUGUCUGCUAGAGAUGGCGUUCGCAGGGAAUCGUGGGAUAGAGGUGGACCUGCCCUCUCUGGGUGCUGGAGUCCUGGAGGUGUUAUUCAGUGAGGAGUUGGGCUUGGUAGUGGAGGUGUGUGAGAGGGACAUAGAGAAUGUGUGUCAGAGGUACACUAACGCUGGACUACAGUGUCACCGCAUCGGCACCACCCAAGGCUUCGGACCAGAGUCCAUGGUCAAAGUUCAUGUGGACGGACAGGAAGUGCUGAGCGACCGUCUGCCCAGCCUCCGGGCGUUGUGGGAAGGCACCAGUUUCCAGCUUGAACGCCUGCAGGCCAAUCAGCUAUGUGUACAGCAGGAAGAGGAGGGGCUAGCCACACGCACACAGCCCUACUUCAAACUCACUUUUGACCCCAUGGAGAAACCCAGCAAUAACGGUCUUGGUGCAGGCCAGCCUCGCGUGGCUGUGGUCAGAGAGGAGGGCAGCAACGGAGACAGAGAGAUGGCCGUCUCUCUCUACAUGGCUGGCUUUGAGGUAUGGGAUGUGACCAUGCAGGACCUGUGUUCAGGCUCUUUAACUCUAGAGAUCUUCAAGGCUCUGGUGUUUGUAGGAGGAUUCAGCUACGCAGAUGUCCUGGGCUCAGCUAAAGGCUGGGCUGCCACAGUGACCUAUAACCCCCGGGCCAGGGCGGAGUUUGAGCAAUUCCGGCGUCGUGACGAUACACUGAGUCUGGGUGUUUGCAACGGCUGUCAGCUCCUAGCCCUGCUGGGAUGGGUCGGAGAGGGGGAGGAGGGAGGAGGUGAGUCUGAUGUGGUCCUGACCCAUAACCAGUCUGGCAGGUUUGAGUCGCGGUUCGUCAGUGUAGGGAUCAAGGCCUCUCCUUCAGUCUGGCUCCGGGGCAUGGAGGGCUCUGCCCUGGGCGUCUGGGUGGCUCAUGGGGAAGGUCUGGUUCAGUUCCGUUCCCCCCAGGUUCAGCAGCGUAUCAUCUCCUCCUGCCUUGCCCCCCUCCGUUACCUGGAUGACACGGGUGCACCCACUGAGGUGUACCCCCAGAACCCUAACGGCUCUCCCCAGGGCCUGGCGGGGCUGAGCUCCAGGGAUGGGCGCCACCUGGCCAUGAUGCCCCACCCGGAGCGCUGUACCUUUGGCUGGCAGUGGCCAUGGGCCCCCAGGGAGCUCCAGAGCUCCCUCAGCACCACCUCUCCGUGGCUACGCAUGUUUACUAACGCUGCUGCCUGGUGUAGUCAUCAACCGUGAGGGAGCUAGCUAGACAACACAGCUCUUUCGCACUGUAGUCCAACUGUGGAAAUCAAAAUUUGGCUUGGAAGUCAGUUGCACUGCUAAAAUGGUCAGAAACAUUCCAAUUACUUCCCCACACCACUACAUGUUAUUCACUGUUCUGUUUUAACUGAACACUGUUACUCUGCUGAAAUCAGUCUUUAUGUUAUUGGUACUUGUAAAUAGAAUUUUCUCAAACUGAAAAGUAUUUGCAUUCCAUGGUCAAAAGUACCAUUGUCAAAAGUAUCUGAUCAAUCACUUGAGCUGUCUUUAACAUUCCGAAGGUCACGCUACUACUAACAUAGUUUGAUUGGUUCUCGGUUUAUCACUGAUACUGUUCAAUUAUAUUGGAAGAUUUUGUAAUUUAAAGACAAAUUUCCAAACAGUUUAUAAACUGUUAUUUUUCUAUCAAACUGAGAACGAAUUAAAUACAUUUCAAAAUGUGGAGAUGGAAUAAUUGAUACAAGGAUAACAUGAAUGUGUAGUUUAAUGUCUAUAUUGUAUUUUGAUGUGUAUUGUUGUGCUAAACAGGGCUCAUCUGGAAAAGAGUCAUUGGUCUCAGCAUUUACUCCUUGUUCAAUAAGGACAAAUAACAAACUUUCAGAACAAUAAAUACACCAUUUUAUAGGA